AUGCCGCCGCGAAGUCGAGCCACAGAAUCAUUCUGUCAAAGGCCAUCAGAAAAUAAACAAGACGCUGAAGCAGACAUGAACCGACACAGAACCGACCAGAGACGGGCCAAUCUUGACAAGAUUGCCCGUUACAUCAUCCGUCCACUGAGCCAAUCCUCAGAUAGACAUGUGGGCAUGGACUUCUUGAAACACUACGGCAUCAAAUGCUACGAUAUGGACUUCAAAACUGGUCAAGUCGGCAAGCGUGCAGAGCCAUAUAUCCAACUUGUUCAGCCUCAAGUAAUCGAGCAAUGGCUCAGGGAGAUUGGGUCUCCCCCGCUCAAGGAUCGUCGAGAUUUCGUGAACGAAUUCUCUCAUGAGUUCGGAGACAGUCCCCUGUGGGAAGCGACCUUUAUGUGGGAUUGCCUCUACACUUACAUCUCCGAAUAUGAGAAUGCCCAAGGAAACUGUGUCAUGACGACUCGCACCACAUGGCUUGAUGUCAGGCUCAUUAAUCGUCUCGGCGAAAAGAACGCCAACUGGCAGCUCAAAGCUCUCCUUCGCCAACAUCUCCCCAACCCUUCACGCUAUGAUCGUGUACCUGAUUCUCAGAAGCCUCAUGUCAUGUGCUACCUGGCAGAUGAGGCGCGGCUAGUAGACGACAAGCUCCUGACCAGCGAGCUCACCGCUUUGCUUGUUGUUGCAGCCGACACAGCUCUCAAAGCGACCUGGCAAAAGCAAAAGAUCAUUCCGGGCCCAGUUACAGCUGGAGACGCCAGUGAAAGCCAAGUUUUGGCUCUGGCUCUGGAUCUGGGUCAAGGUCAGACUCAAAGACAGCGAAUAACUUCACGAAUCCAACAUCACUUGAUUGCCCUCUCUUUUCUCCGCUCUCUCCGCUCUCUCCGCUCUCUCACCUCUUCAAAAGGUGGGAAACAUAAACAUCACCACAAACCCAAAUCCAAACCCAAAAACAUGGCUCAUGAGCUCAAAGCUGGCGGAGGUGCCAGCGAAGUUACUCGCUCCCUCUCCAACGUCGACCCCGUCAUCAGCGGCCAACUCGUCAAGCUUUUCCAGUCUCUGGCGGAUAGACAAGACAAAACCUGGAGCCAGGAGAGACUUGCCUCCUUCAUCACAGAUGUUCAACAAGAUGCCUCUUCACCCGCUGUCCAGGAACUUCUCGCCAGAGACCACCUCGAUCUGGAUGGCUUCAUGGCCUGGAUGACGUCGUCUCAUGCAGCUGCUACAACCCCGCCUAAACCCCAAGACCUCUCAUAUCCCCUUGCUUCAUACUUCAUCAGCUCCAGCCACAACACUUAUCUCACCGGAAACCAACUCUCAAGUGACAGCUCGACCAGGCCUUACACCGAAACUCUGCUGCGGGGCGGGCGCUGUAUCGAGAUCGAUGUCUGGGAUGGCGAUGAGUCUGACCCUGAGGGCACGAGUAGUCCUUCCAGCAGCGAUGAGGAGAGAGGUGUGAAGAAAGUCGUGAAAAAGACGAAAAAGAGAAGCACUUUUGGAAAACUCAAAGAAAAGCUCGCAAAGACGAGUCUCCGUGAUAAGGAUGAGUCCUCCGACCCCGAC